GACUUAUCGGGGUCCAGGGUCAGAAAAAAAAGUAAAAGAGCACAGCAGAGGCAUCAUCGCCCACGACGAUCACAGGCUACUUGCCCUCAAUUCUUCGACGUUUGAAGCGAUCGCAGCCUGGAAACCAUGGACGUCAACCCAGCAAAACGACGGAAGGUCGAACACAUGAAUGGGGCCUCUUUCGAAUCCGCCAUCACUGCUGGGAUCCAACAACCAACGUCGUUUGUCUUGGAGACGGAAGAGCUCCUGAGGGAGGUCAGACUAGACCACGAAAAGGCUUUCGAAGGCGCCGAUGACCUUCUUCACAGGUUAAAAGGCUCAAUUGAAGCCAUCGAACCACAUGGACCUAUCCCUAUUACAGAAGCAACCUCGAAACUCGAGAAAGCCCACGGAAUAAAAAUACCUUUCCCGGACCCAAGGCCGCCGAAGGAAUGUUCCUACAAGGUGUCUUUUGCAAAGCCAGCGCAAUUGAACGUGGUUGGCAGCUAUGUCUCCAAGACAAUGGUCGAGUCCCAAGCAGACCGCGCAGUCGACAUGAUAUUGGUGAUCCCGGAGGAGGUCCUUCAAGAAAAGGACUACUUGAAUCUUCGAUACUUCUACAAGAGGGCCUACUACCUGUCAAAGGUCGCGGUAUCCUUGAAGCAAGAGCUUGGGGCUAGUAUUGGAGACCUGACAUACGAGUAUCUCAAUGGCAACCCGUUGCUGCCAGUGCUGGCAGUCGCACCAAAGGUGGCAGGUGGAACGAAACAGAGUGCUGAGAAGCCGGGCAAGGGAGCAGAUUCAAUGGCCUCCCCGUUGGGUUAUCGGAUACGCUUGAUACCUUGUGCUCCGGACGGAUAUUUCCCAGCGCAGAAACUCUCUUCGGUCUCCUGUCUGAUCCGCAGUGGCGGGGACGAAGACAAAAAAAAAUCAUCAGCUCCAACGCCAUUUUAUAACUCGACGCUCAAAGCCGAAAGUGCCUUCAUACCUUACCUACGCCUUCUCCGACAAGCCGAGAAGGCAUGUCCUUCCUUCCAGGAUGCCUGUAUCUUGGGGAGGGUUUUUCUGCAACAGCGGGGACUUGGAGGCUCGGUUUCUCUGGGUGGCUUUGGGCAUUUUGAAUGGGCUGUCCUCACGGCUCUUCUACUACAGACUGGGGGUCGGAAGGGACAGGCAUUGCUCUCAGCUUCCUUGAACAGCACGCAGCUAUUCAAAGCCAUGAUCCAAUAUUUGGCCGAGACUAACUUUCUGAAGAAGCCAUGCAUCUUAGGCCCCAGCAAGGAGCAGGCAGAGGCUAUCCGAGAAGCCGGCCCUGUGGUCUACGACUCGGCGCGUCAUCUCAAUAUUGCCUUCAAGAUGAGCUCUUGGUCCGCAGCCUUGCUCCAUCAGCAUGCUAAAUGGACGCAUGCACUCUUAAGCGACAGCCAUGCCGACCACUUCACGCCGACCUUCAUCACCAGAGUUGACCAUCCCGCUCACAUAUUCGACCUGACUGUCAAGCUGCGCUUACGUGAAGGGUUUGACCAGUCUGCAUACGAAUCUCGAGGACAGGGAUGGACCUUCAGUGCCAAGGUUUACAGCACUGUCAAGAGAGCGCUGGGAAAUAGAGCUCGGCUCGUCUAUAUAGGGAACAGCCAAGCCGCCUCGUCGUGGCCGUUGACUGGUUCUCCUGCGUCUCCGAUAGACGCAGAUAUUCUGGUUGGGGUGAUCUUCGACUCGGCCCACGUGGGUCGGCAGGUUGACCAUGGCCCUCCUGCUGAAGACAAGAAGGAGGCCCAGAAAUUCCAGCAGUUUUGGGGUGACAAAGCCGAGCUUAGACGCUUCAAGGAUGGAAGCAUUCUCGAGACCCUGAUCUGGACCUCGACCUCUCCGGCCGAGCUCUGCGAGGAGAUUAUCCGAUAUAUCCUUGGGCGUCACCUUCGCCAGGAGGCCGAUGUAGAAGACCUCAGCUUCUAUGGCAAAGGAUUGCCGUCUCUUCUGCCGGUCCAGCCCACCGAUGGCCCAGCGUUUAGUGAAGCACGACAGGCCUUCGAGACUUUCGAGCGUGACGUCCGUGAUCUCGAGGACUUGCCUCUUCAUGUUAGACAACUGGCACCCAUCUGCCCCGAACUCCGGUUUGCGUCCGUCACACCCCCUUCGUUCGCCUCCACGAAAUACGCCCCGCGCCCUAUGGACGUCAUUAUUUUCUUCGAGGCGUCGGGGAAAUGGCCGGACAACCUGGCGGCCAUUCAACGAGCAAAGAUCGCCUUCUUGUUGAAGAUUGGCAGUCUCCUCGAGGAGGCCAAGCCACACGUUACAACCCAUCUCGGGGUCGAGAAUGUUCGUCUCGAUAUUGAGAAUCUAGCCCACCUCGAUAUUGUCUACGAAUCUGGGGCUGCAUUCCGGCUACGCGUCCACAGCGACUUGGAAGAGACGCUCCUCGACCGCCGAACCAAGGACAAGACGCUGGAACAGUAUGUCCGCACCGAGAGUGCCAGUCUCCUGUCCACGUUCCGCCGUCUAUAUACCUACCUACCCUUGCACACCCAGACCAUCCGGACCUACGCGACCCGGUUCCCCGCCCUAUCGCCGACCAUCCGCCUCUUGAAGUCCUGGUUCGACGGGCACAAACUCUCCAUCCACUUCGCCCCGGACUUGAUCGAGCUCUUCGCCCUCCACGUCUUCCUCACCCCCUAUCCCUGGGACGCCCCGUCCAGCGCCACCACCGGCUUCCUCCGCACCCUUCUCUUCCUCGCCCGCUGGGACUGGCGGACCGAGCCCCUCGUCAUCGACACCACCUCGUCCACCGACCCCGACGACCCCACAAUCACCGCUCCGCCCACCGCUGUCGACCGCGCCGCCGUCGCCACUCGACUCGAAGCCUGGCGCAAGAUCGACCCGGCCAUGAACCGUACCGUCCUCUUCGUCGCGACCAACCAUGACGGCGGCGGAAGCGGCACCGGCACCGCGCACACCUCCCUCGCCGGCGAACCCACGCCCCCCAAGGUCGUCGCCACGCGCAUGACCACCCUCGCCCGCAGCGCCACCCGCCUCGUCCGGGACUGCGGCGCAGAGAUCGGCCUCGCCCCCGUCGCCCGCGCGCUCUUCGCCCCCGCCCUCGGCGACUACGACGUCCUCAUCCGCCUCGACCGCAAGGCCCUCAAGGCCUGCGCGAGGACGUACGCCGCCGAUCCCGACAGCGACGGAGAAGAAGACGGGGAAGAGGAAGGGGGCGCGAGGCACCACCACCGCGCCCCGCGUUUCAAGAACCUCGACCGGCGCACGGGGCAGGUCCCCCUCCCACAGGGGACGCACCCGGCACGGCUCCUCGUCGAGCGCCUCGGGCUCGUCGUCGGCGGGCCGCUGCUCUUCUUCCACGGCGCCGAGGACGACGCCGUCGUCGCGGCCGUCUGGGACCCGCAGGCGCGGAGGCGCGCCUUCAGGCCGAACCUGCCGUGCUCGUACCGGCCCGUCGCUGCUUCUGGGUCGGGCGACGGCGAUGACGACGAGGCUGUGGAGGUGGAGGUCAACCGGGAGGGGAUCCUGGCCGAGAUUGCUAGGAUAGGAGGGGAUCUGAUUGCCGAGAUCGAGGUCAAGGGGUCGUCUUAAAUUUUGCUUCCUGUCUCCUGCCCAAUUUUACAGGCGCACCUACCUUUUUUCCCUCCUUCCAUCGAGUAGAGGUGCAAUACGCGAAGAGCCGUUAGACAAGAUAUCCUAAGCAUGCGAAUAGGCCAUGCAGGUUCUCACGACGACGAAGGGUACAUAGGAGAGAGAGUAGAUAUAGUAAUCGAGAAUUUCCUCUUUUCCUACGUGA